AUGUCUGCCAGCGUCGCAGCCCAUGGAGAUCCCCAUGCCCAUCCCCAUCGCAGCGCCUUCACACCAUCCGACAAGCUCGAGGACCAAGCUGCCUCUGCAGCUUUAUCUGUCCAUCGCGACUCUUCCACGACAGGAAAGCACAGCGCAUCCUCCAUUCUGGACGAGGAGGGUCGGCUCUCUGCCGCAAGUGCCGCCCAGUCCCUCAAAUACGCUCGAGCUCAAGACUUACCUUCCUUUCCUUCUUCUGGCGGCGUCAAACUAGCAUCGGCUGGUGCUGCCGCGAGCUUAGCCGAAUCCAACAAGAAAGCAUUCGAGCAUUGGACACCGGGCGAACUACCUCACGCGAGCACAGCCGCAGAAAAGGCCAGGGAUUACAAGAUGGAGCCUCUGUGGAAGCCAGAGUUGAGCCGGGCCGGUUCCCAGGCCGCGAUAGCUGCGCAUCGAGAUGCUGGGUCGGUAGACAUUUGGACAGCCCCAGAAACAGAACACGGUCACUCUGCAGCAUCGUCAGCCCUGCAGAACCCAAAGUCACCACCUGCGAUAACUGAAAGACAUAUCUCAGGCGAUGAACGCCAGAAAGCACUGCUAGCGGCUACUGCAUCAUUGAAUGGCGGACGAAGGCGCGCAGGGUCGGCACCUGUACGCCCAGCACCAUCAAACGGUCACUCUGCUUGGGCGUUGAAAGCAGCUACCUCAUCUCACAACUCUAAACCACCCAAUGCCGCCACCCCCCCGUCGUCGAAGAGCGAGAUGUCCAGUACCGAUGCGGCCAGGAUACAGAAUAUGGCCAGAAACAACGUCUCCAGACAAAUGUAUACUGCCAAUCCCCCAGUCGCAAUCGAGGUUGAAGAGAGGAGGCGGCAAGAUAUGCUGCGAGCUUCUGCCGUGGCCAUGGCGAAGAAGAUGUUUGCCAUACAACAAGCACAGAUUGACGAGGCCAGGGGAAUCCAUCGUUCACAAAGCCAUUAUGCAGCGCACACGGCCCGUCGGCGGGCUCAAUCAGAUGCUGCAAAUCAGCCCGCACGGACUGGUGAAGUGCCACGAUAUGAAAACCUAGAAGAAACGGCCCGCAAGCUGGCACAAGACCGUCUCGCCAAGCUACAUGACGAGCACGCCGAGUAUCGGCAGUAUUAUGGGCAGAAUACUCCGCCACAGAGAUCACGAACCUUCUUAAGGCGUGGUCGGCGGCGGUCCGACAUUCCAGAGAACGACGAUGAUUCCGACAUAGAGGAGUCGCGGAAGAUCCGCCAGCAAAUGUCACUCUUCCAAGGCAAGCUCGCCGAGGUUGACAGUAAGAAGCGACAGGCUGAUCGAGACGCACUGCUUGCGGCCGCACAUAAGAAUGUAACGGCCCGGAUGAACGCGAUGGAUGAGAAGGUAUUUUCAGACACCGGCAAGACAAGUCCCCAUCAGCGCGAGCUUUGGGAACGUCAAGCUCGAGACAGAGCUCAAAGGGAAAGCGACGAAAGACUGAUGCACGUCGGAAAAGUUCACAUAGGAGGUGGAAAGUACCUGGAACAGGAAGAAAUUGAGGCGAUCGCGAAAGCUCGCUUGCAGCCAACAUUAGAUGAGAUUACCCAAAAGGCUGAAGAGCAAAGAGCAAGAGAUGAGGAGCUCCGGCUGGAGCAAGAGCGACUCAAGGCUGAGCAAGAGACCGAGAGGAAGCGCCAAGCCGAGAUUAAAGCCGAGCAGAAAGCUGCGCUUGACCGUGAAAAAGCCGAACAAAAGGCCCAGAAGACGGAAGAGAAACGCGUACUGCAAGAACAGAAACAUGAGGAGAGACGACGUCGGCGAGCGGAGAAAGCAGAAAAAGGACUCCCGGAGCCUGGCAGACCUCGGUUCCUGCCAUCUUUCCUGGGGAGAGGCGGCGUUGCAGCGGGAACAGCAGCAGCGCCCGAAUUUGUUGAGCCCGUCGGCGAGACUUUCCACGACAAAGUCACCGUCGAUCCCGGUGAGGCCAUACAUGGCCAAGUCACAAUGGAUCCGGGUGAAGCCGCCCAUGCAGUUGCCGUGGCAGAUGCUGAGGACGAAGCGAAACCCAUGGCAGCUGCCGUACCUCCACACGAGGAUGGAGAACAUAAGGAGAAUAUUGGUGCACCACCAUACUCGAGCAGCAGUCCCCCUCAUGAGCCAACAUCGCCGAUAUCUCAGACGUCGCCGACUUCGCCUUCGAAGCGUAAUUCGCGAGUGAAGUCCUUCUUCAAGCGUUUCAGGACAGGAAGCAAGGCAGAGGACGACUUUAACCGUGAUCAACAUGUGGCCACCGAGGCGGGGCCGAAUGACGCCUUGUCGAGUCGUCCUCAAACAGCUGAGCCCAUCAGCGAGGAAGACCCGGCUGCCACUGACUCCAUCCGUGACGUCGCAUUCGCAGGCCGUAGCGACAACGAGACUGAAGACAUGUACGGCGGGUCGGCGAAGCCAUACGGACGAGUCUCGCCCAUUCAUGACGAGCCGGCGCCGGGAGCCGCGACUGGUCCUAGUGGACCUGGUCCCGGCGUCGUGGAAGGAGGUGCCAAAGAACGGGAUAUUAGUCCUCCCUCGGAUACCUCGUCACUGAGCGAAGAACCCUACGUCAUCGCCGCAGACGUAGCCUCGUCCCGGUACUCGACCGACCACGGCACAGGGUCGAAACGAAAUUCCGGGUACGAUCAAGUCGCGACCUUGACGGAUGACGACGAAGAGCCCCGAGGGAGAAAAGGCUUCCGCGAGCGAUUCUUGAAGAAGGUCAUCCCAGGACGGGACAAGGAUAAGCGCCAACCCGGAGCGUUCACCUCGUCUACUGUGGGUAGUUCUGCUGCUGCACAGACAGGUGCGGCUCCAGCUCCAAGCGCUCGAGCGACUGCCGCGGAGCCCCAAACCACCGACCCUGUAUCAGGCGGUGGCGUAUCUCAAGCGCACCCAGAAGAGGACCCAGGAACUGAGCUGCCCAGAGACAAAGUCCAAGAACCAUCGACUACCUCGACGGAAGCGACCGGGCACAGCACCGUCACAGGAACAACAACUCCCGCGCUGACGCACGCACAAACGAACGGUGACGACGACGAAGACUUUGAGGAAGCCAGGGACACCUUCGACGAGGGCCGACUAGUCAGUGCGUCGAAAGUAGACAGCGGCUCCGCGAGGAUCGUCGACGUAAGCAGCCCGAUGAGCUCGACCGUCACGAAGGGGCGACCCAGCGGCGAGGGAUCCAGGUUCACUGAAGAGCUCUAA